AUGUGUUUGAGUGAAGAGGAGGACGAGGACCGGAACGAGACGACUUCCACCGCGGAGGAGGUACCACAGGGGGGCAGAGCGAGCCGGGACCCCCCCACAAGAGGCUCCGUCAGCAGGCACGUAGAGGUCACAUCUCCCCCCUCUCUAGAGCUCCUGGACAGGCGCACAGACAUCAGAUCUACACCCUCUCUGGAGCGCCUGGACAGGCACACAGAGGUCACGUCCCCCCCCUCUCUGGACCUCCUGAACCGGCACACCCUCCAUGGUAUUAGCCCUCAUCUGCGCUUGGUCCCAGACAGCACCAGUGACCGAAGCAAAGAGACGGAAUCUACAACGUCUGAAGAAAAGAAGCAGAGUUGGAGCGGUGAUGACGGGACCACCACCACGACCAUCUCCACGACGACCACUGUUGUCACCACGAUGCGGAGCCCAGUGGCGUGUCAGCUGAACCUGACGGGUCCAGAGGGCUUCAUCCAGGCUCCUCCUCAGUCCAGCUCCUCCUUCCUCUCCACCGCAGACUGCUCCUACGUCAUCACCGUCUACAUGGGCUACGGCGUGGAGGUCCAGCUGGUUCCCGACGUAGCGCUGUGUGAAUUAGAGCGGAGCCGCUGA